AGUUUUAUAAAUGUAACUUUCGGAUCUUUAGUUAAGUAGCCGCUAGAAGACACACUGGACUGGUAGUGGUGACUGUAAGGAUGAUGGUGGUGGUAGUAAUGUUAGUGUGACAGUUGUAGUAGUAGUAUACCGUCGGUGCUAGUAGUGGUGGCAAAAGUGCAGGGUGGAGAUCACGUACGAACGGAGGAGAAAGGAUCGUUUGAGAAACGGCGAGAAAAGGGUGGGAGAAAGUACGACGAGUAGGGGGAUGCGCGCCGUAUUAAAAUGCUGACUCUUACCGCGCAGCGUGGGAGUUAGUUCUGGUGAUGGCGCCAGCCAGCUCACUCGCUCAACUAACCCACCAUCCCGACCCUCCGAUCCUCCAUCUCCCGACCACCGGCAGACGACGAAGCAACCUCCACGCUCGCAACCUCCUCUCGCUGAUUCUACCGAUCCGAAGCAGCAGCAGCAGCAGCAGCAGCAGGAACAGCAACAGCAGCAGCAGCAAUAGCAGCAGCGAACCAGCACCGAGUCCGGCACAUUCUACGACGUGCAGUAUCAAAAGAAAUAGCAACGGUAGAAGAAGGAAGAGAAGCAACAAGAGCGAGAGCAGUUAGCCGUGGGCAGAGUCAGUUAAAGGGAGAAAAAGAUAGAAACACCGACGGCAACGGUGGUAACAGCAGGGAAAAGCGCAGAUAGCCGAGCUAUGAGAGAUUAAUCAUUUUGCUUCCGGUUCCCCGGAAAACAGCUACACUCCUCUCAACUGAGAAAAGAAAACUCUAGAAAAAAGGGAGUGAGAGAGAAAGAAAGAGAGAAAGAGAAAGAGAGAGAGAGAGAGAGAGAGAGAGAGAGAGAGAGAGUGAGAAGGAGGAGGCAAGAAAAGGACUAUGGUGUCGUAACACGCGCGCCUCUGCACGAACGGACGCACGCACCGCGAAAGAUCACGUCACCGAGCAGCCCUCGCCGCUACAUCCCCACCCUCGAUCAACCCCUAUCGCCAGCACCACCACCGUCACCGUCACCGUCGCUGUCGUCGUCGCCGUCGCCGUCGUCGUCACCACCACCACCACAGCUGCCGCCGCCGCCGCCGCCGCCGCCACCACCACCGCCGACGCUGCCAAGAUCAACCGCAAGAACGCCUUACAACGGAUGGAUCGUCAUUGCGGCUGAAACCCCUUGCCGCCGGUAGAGACUCCGAGCACUCCGUAUGAAGGCGGUACGCGUACGACCACCCACGCACGAAACAUCCCCGAAGACGUUAACGUCCGUGCCACCCUUCUUAUUCUUCUUCUGUUUCUUCUCCUUCUUCUACUUCUACCACUACUUUACACCAUUCGCUGGCUCCUUUACUACCGCACAACAACGGGACUCUCCUCUCGCUACUCUCGUGGUGAUGGUGUAAUGAAUCUUCUGGCAGUCAGCACCGGAAGAAUCAACGCCAAUAAUAACACAACCGGCUAUUCGAUAUUAGCUAACCAUACGGAGAAAAACGGUGCUGCUGCAUGGUCAUGAGUAACAAUUUGGUGAACGAUAAAAAAGCCUAUCUGAGUUUUGUGCUCUUGUGCGGCUAAAUUUACUAUUUAAUGUGCGCGGUCUUUAAUCAUUCGCUUAUAUAUUUACAAUAUAAAUAUAUAAUUAUACGCACGAGUUUGAUCUUAUUUCACGCGUUACAAACGUUCAAAGUAAAAUAUCAAUCAAUCUGCGAUAACGACUAAUCCUUUCUCUCUCUCUCUCUCUCUCUCUUUCUUUCUCUCUCUCUCUCUUUUUCAUCCCUUGUGAUUCGACACCAUCGAAGAUAUACUACAAUUGCAUUGAAAAGCGUCGAAUUGAAAUCGAUUCUCGUAUUCGAGACCCCAUCAUCAUCAUCAUCAAUCCCCCGACCCUCAACCCUCUCUAUCUCUCUCUCUCUCUCUCGCACUUUCACCUGAACCCUUUUGUCCCUGGCCACUUCGGCCACCGGUGAAUCCGAGUUACGCCGACGGUGUGUGUACGUGAAGGGGUGAAAGAGAAAAGCGGCUGAAGUAGUAAGAGAAAGCAAACGCUAGACUAUCUAGGAAAAGGAAAAAGAGGAGGAGGAGGAGGAGGAGGAAGAAGAGGAGGAGGAGAGCAGGGAGAAGAAAAAAUCACUAGAGCUCUUCGAGAGGUAUACGGGAAGACCAGAGAGACAGAUAGAGAGAGAGAGAGAGAGAGAGAGACAGAGAGAGAGAGAGAGAGAUAAAAAGAAGAGGAAGAACAGAGGAAAAGUGAGAAGAGAGAGAGAGAGAGAGAGAAAGGGAAAAAAAGAGAAAGAGAGAGUGAGACAGACAGAAAGAAAGAGAAAGAGAGAGAGAGAGAGAGAGAGAAAGGGAAAAAAAGAGAAAGAGAGAGUGAGACAGACAGAAAGAAAGAGAAAGAGAGAGAGAGAGAGAGAGUACUCUUGAUCAUCACAUCAGGGUAGAAGAAGGACCGGUAAAAUUUUCCGCGUACUCAACGUCGCAGAGAAGCAAGUAUCUUCACGUACAACCCAUCAAAAAAUAAUAAUAAUAAUAAUAAUAAUAAUAAUAAUAAUAAUAAUAAUAAAAAUAAAAAUAUAAUAAAAAAUAAAACAAUAGAAAGUUACCAAAAAAAAAAAAAAAAAAAAUACAAAAAGAAAAAAAAAGAAAAAAAAAUUAACAUGUCACCAGCACCCAGCACCGUGCACAAGCCUCUCCUAUCAAAAUCUUCGCACGCAAAAUUGCACUCUCGCCGCAUUUUUUCUCGAGUUUACGCGUAUAGGACGAAACAAAGAGAAAAAGGGAAAAAAGAGAAAGAGAAAGGAAAAAGCGAUAUGAUAAAGAAUUUUCAACGAGUUCUUAAUCGCGAUCAUCUGUCCUUCUUAGUUCGAAAAGUCCGUUUUUGUAUAUUUUUCGGGACACCUGUUGAUAUCUCUCGCCAUGCUAUAUUAAGUAUCACUUACCUUACUGAAAUAUAAUGUCGUUUGUCAAAUACGAUAUUAUUACUCUAAUCCAUUGUAACUGGACGAUAUUUAUCGGAACUAUUGUUUAAAAGUAACAUUACGAAAGCGUAAACGCCCAUCGAGUCGUCUCGACGUUAUACGUGGCCGCCACAAGGGGAUGGCCUCGUAGUCGAGAGAAAGAAAGAGAGAGAGAGAGAGAGAGAGAGAGAGAGAGAGAGAGAGAGAGAGAGAGAGAAAGAUGAAAGUGGGAAAGAGGGAGAGUUAAAGAGAGAAAAAGAGAGAGAAAGAAAGAGAGAGAGAUAGUGUUUAGCCGGUAUAUCCGCGAUACAAGGUCGUCCUUUUUACGAGAGACGUCCUCUUCUCCCUCUUCUUUCCUCUUGUUCGCGCAUCAAAAUUUUAUUAUCCCCAUCGAGAUACGUGCCUGUUGAUAUCGCGAUAUUCGUACGUGCGAGAAAGAGAGAAAUAAAAAGAGAGAAAGAGAGAAAAAGAGAAAGAAAAGAGAAAGAGAGAGAGAGAGAGAGAGAGAGAGACUCGAUCGUUAACGUUAUAAAGUGCUCUUAUAGUCGGUAAAUGUAACGGGAUAACGCGUUGUAAUAUAGACAGGAGCUUUAGCACGAGGAAGCCGCUGAAUCGCGAAGACGGGGAAAAAAACGUGCUCGACUCUACCCUCCCUCCAAACUACCUGUACUACAUACACGUGCCUAUUCGAUUUAGAGGACUUUAAAGGUAGUAACGAUUACGAACGAGGCGAAAGAACAGAGAGAAAGAGAACGAUACACCGGUAAUUGAAAUCGUCCGUCUAGAGUCUAUAGUAAAAGGCCAUAGGGAAAGGGGACUAUAUAGCGAGAGAGAUAGAAAUAGAAAGAGAAAGAGAGAGAAAGAGAGAGAAAGAAAAAGAGAGAGAGAGAGAAAGAAAGAGAGAAAAAGAGAGAGAGAGAGAGAGAGAGAGAAACACACCAACGAGAAACAAUAGUGAAAGUGAGAGAUAAAAGAACGACACGACAUAUUGAAGUUUGUUACAAAUAUCAAGAUUCUUCGUUAUCCAAAUCUCGUUGAUCUACCACCGUUCAUCGGUCUUUCGCUAUCUCUUUCUCUUUCUCUCACAUAAAAGGAUCCUUCGUAUCUUUUCUCGCUGGAUUCUUAAAAUAGUAGAAUCCAUAUCCCUCGGUGUGUAUAUUUGACUGAAAGGAAAAGUCGGCCUAAUCCACGUUCGGUACACCGAUUUCCUCUUGUAGAUCGGAAAAAAGGGAGAGUAAAGAGAGAAACUGAGAAAAAAAAUAUAUAUAUAUAUAUAGAGAGAGAGAGAGAGAGAGUGAGAAAGAAAUAGAGAAAAAAAGAUAGAGAGAAAAAGAAAGAGAAGGGUUCGUUUUUUAUCAGGAACGUGGGCCACAUCAGAAAGGAUACGGAUUCGUAUAUCCUUAUAUAAAACGCUCGUAAAAGAGCAACCAAUAGGGAGGAAAGGAAUCGGCCAUCAUCGAGUCACGUAAGAUGACGAUCUGCAUAGUCUGGCUACUAGCAUACGUUGGACAAGUUCUUGAAUUAGAAAAUCGUCCGAUGAGCGUCGCUCACGGAAGACACAGACAGGAUUGUCAUCACGAGGUAAGCAUCAGGAAAUUCCAAAACGGACAAAGCUCGAUAGAUGGCAACCUGUUGCACCUAAAGACGCAUCCUUACGAAGGAUCGCAUCGUGAUGACCUGUCCGAAUGGUUGGUAUAUACCGAGAAACGGCCGAUUUACUCGUGGACAACGAGAAACAUGAUGGUCGAUGGGAUUAUAAAGGAACCUAAGGAUCUUAAUACGAACUUGUUGGCUUUAUCGCCCGGUCUAUCGAACGUCCUUUAUCCGGAAUACGUGUCCGUGACGUCUCCGUACGUUUCGGUUAGUUCGAUGUCGCGAACAACGACGGAACCUCUUGUCGAUGAUGCCCUUCUUGCUCAGCAUCAGCAUCGCUUUCAACGUCAACAUAAACAACAACAACAACAACAACAACGUCAGCAUCAUCACCAACAACAACAACAACAACAACAACGGCAGCAACAGCAGCGACGUCAGUUGCAUCAACGAAACAAAAAGAGACGUAUAAUCGAUUACAGCAACAAUAAGCAAGCCGAGAACCAAGCGGUCGAGUUACCAAUUUUGAUCUAUUACAACGGCGAGAAGAUCCUUCCAGACAGAAGACAAUCUGAUCAAGAGAAUGUCUACGAGCAGAGACUGAAUUCGCCGAUGAAAUUGAAGACUGAACCGAUCUACGAGCGUUUCUCCAAGCCUUUUUUGUCUUCUAUCUUCUCAUCCUCACUCCCAUCUUCUUCUUCUUCUUCUUCUUCUUCUUCUGCUUCUUCUUCUUCUUCUUCUUCAUCUUUUUCUUCUGCUUCUACUUUAUCCUCUUCGCGAGAAUUUUUCAACGAUGAAGAACUCACACCUUCUAAGCCUUUUAUAUACGAGAUUAAUGAUCCUUCCGAAAAAAGGAAUCAGAUAAUCAUACGACGACGAUCGGUCAAUUUACCAGGGGAAUCUUCUGUCUCUCGCCAAACCCUGAUGCCGCCUACAUCCUCCUUUACUUCCGAAAGAUCAAGCCUAGCCUCGCAUUUUAUAAGGACUACCAGGGGGAGCAGACAUUACGACGUGCCGCAAAUCGAAUGUCCAGCCUCGGAGGAAGGGAUGGAGAGGUUUGCAUGUCCAACGCCGGACAGAAUGGGUAGAUAUCGUUGCAUCGACGACCAUGUUCUAUGCGACGGCUUUACGGACUGUCCGCAGGGCGAAGAUGAAAAUAUGCUGCACUGCAUGUUUUUCAAAACUACGAGAGCGCACCUCGACGUCUUAGCGGACGCCAUAUUGCGAUGGGCAAGAGGACGUUAAUUGCUUUUCAUUAUAAACGAUGAAUCUUCAUCGCGUAUAUAAUGCCUCAUCGAUGUAAUUUUUCUCUACUGCGUUAAUGCAUUCCCCGAAAACAGAUUACUUACUUCUAUCUCUCUUUUUCUCUCUCUCUCUCUCUUUAUCUAUCUAUCUAUCUAUCACUCUCGUUCUUUACUUUCUAUAUUUUUCUUACAUUUUUUCUCUCUAUCUUUCUUUUUCUCUAUCAUUUGUCUUUUCCUUUUAUCUGUCAGUAUCUUCUUCCAUCUGUCUUUCACGUUCUCUCUCUCUCUCUCUCUCUCGCUCUCUUUUUCUAUCUAUCUCUCUGUCACUUUCUCUCUCUCUCUCUCUCUCUCUCUCGCUCUCUAUUCCUCUUUCUUUCUUUCUUUCUCUAUUUCAUUUUAUUUCCAUCGCACUUCUCCUCCUCUUCGUUGACACACGUAAAAACAAAACUACAGUAAAAUCAAAACUCAGGGAAACGUGAAAAUGUACUAUCCCGCGAAUAUACUCGAAUAUAUAAAAAAAAAAAAAUGCGACAUUAAUCCGUCGUGAAAUUGAUCUGUGAAAAAAAAAAAGAGAAAGAAAGAAAUAUAGACAGAUAGAAAGAAAGAAAAAAGGAAGGAAGAAAGAAAGAAAGAAAGAAAGAAAGAAAGAAAGAAAGAAAGGAAGGAAGUAAGAAAGAAAGAAAAAAAAAACCAUAAACAAAUUUACACAAAAUACAUAUCUGCAUAUAUAAUAGAAUGUUGGAAAAAGAAUUCAAGACUUAGAAGAGAUACAUAUAUAUAUGGUGCUUAUUAAGCUGAGUACAAAAUUCUUCAUUUAAAUGUGACUCGCGAAAAAAAAAAAAAAAAGGAAAGAGAAGAAAAAAAAGAAAAAGGGGAAAAGAAGAGA